AUCGGGCUGGCUGAGAAAAGAGGGUUUGGCGGAGCGGCUGUAUCUGCUGCCAAUAAAGUUACCUUCUAAAAAGGGAGGGGGAACGGCGGGAGGAAAGGAAGCACGUCAAGAUGGCGGCUCCCGUGUCGCCCUUGGUUACUGGGCGCCGCCUGAUAAAAGUUGCCAUUCGACCCGCCGCUCUCAUCCUAACAUGCUGGGCCCCGCGGAAAGCAUAUACAGUUCAGGUAGCAGAGAAAGCUGCCAGCGGUGGACUAGCAGAUGCUAAUUCGAAAGCCUUAUUGCUUUGCAACGGACCUUUAGAACAUUAUGAAUUCCUUACCAAAGUGGAGCAGCUGAGGAAUGAUGAACAGCAAAGGAAAGUCAUGCGGUGCCUGCAGAAGUUACACGAAAGUCUUCAAGGCUACAACCUCAGUCCAAAACACAUAUUCUCAAAGCUUUUUACAAGACGUAAAUCUCCAAAAGGCCUUUAUAUCUAUGGUGAUGUUGGCACAGGAAAGACAAUGGUGAUGGACAUAUUUUAUUCUCAUCUACAAGUAGAAAGAAAAAAGAGAGUCCAUUUCCAUGGCUUCAUGCUUGAUGUGCAUAAAAGAAUCCAUUGCCUUAAACAGCGUCUGCCAAAAAGAAAAGCUGGAUUAAUGGCUAAAUCAUAUGAUCCAAUAGCUCCUAUAGCUGAUGAAAUCAGUGAGGAAGCUUGUCUCUUGUGUUUUGAUGAAUUUCAGGUCACAGAUAUCGCUGAUGCUAUGAUUCUCAAACAGCUUUUUGAAAACCUGUUCCAAAACGGUGUCAUCGUUGUAGCCACAUCAAACAGGCCACCAGAAGAUCUCUAUAAAAAUGGGCUCCAGAGAGUUAACUUUGUGCCAUUCAUUGCUAUACUAAAGAAAUACUGCAACACCAUCCAACUGGAUUCUGGAAUAGACUACAGGAAGCGUGCAGUGCCGGCUGCAGGAAAGCUUUACUACCUCACAAGUGAAGCUGAUGUGGAGGCUGUCAUGGAUAAGUUGUUUGAUGAGCUGGCUCAAAAACAAAAUGAUUUAACUAGACCAAGGAUUUUAAAAGUACAAGGCAGAGGACUGAGAGUGAAUAAAGCAUGUGGAACCAUUGCAGACUUCACAUUUGAAGAGCUGUGCGACAAACCUCUUGGAGCCAGUGAUUAUUUGGAAAUAUCCAAGAAUUUUGACUUGGUUUUUGUUCAUAAUAUACCUCUCUUUACAAUGGCAAAAAGAACCCAAGCUCGACGCUUCAUCACUCUCAUUGAUACUUUUUAUGAAAAAAAGGUGCGUCUUAUUUGCUCUGCAUCAGCUCCCCUCCAGAGUAUAUUUAUUCAAGCGGAUCAUGAUAGUGGACUGGAUGAGAAAAGGGUAUUGAUGGAUGAUUUGGAGUUGAGCCAGGAUUCAGCUGAAGCACUUUCUAUGUUCACGGGAGAAGAAGAGAUCUUUGCCUUUCAACGGACUAUCUCGCGACUUACCGAAAUGCAGACAGAGCAAUACUGGAAAGAUGGGGAUCGAAGCAAAAAAAAGUUGCAGCCGGAAGGUUAAAAAGAAAGAGUAACUGAAAAGAAAAAGGGCUUCAAGCUUUUUAACUUGAAACUUUGUACAUAAUGUUAGUUUUAAAAACUACAGCAUUAUUUACUGGCCCCCUUUAAUGCCAAUCUAUAGAUAUAACUUUAUUCCGUCUAGCAUGAAAACUUUAUUGACCAAAUAGAAAAUUUCCUUUUAACUGAUAAUGAUGACAGGAAAAAUAGGUAAAACGUAUUUAUUAUUGGCCACAACGCAUUGUUGUUUGAACAAAUAAAAGAUACAAGGUAGAAACAUUAAGUGCAUAUUUUGAACCUAUCAAUCGCUGUUCUAUUGCUGGAAAAUAAAAUAUACAAAUGUAUCUGGAGAAUCCCUGAUUUUUAAAAAUCAUUUUCUUUUAGGUAGCAAUUGAAAAUUUCAUAUACAUUCACAAAGUCCCCUGGGUAACACUAAUUCCACUUGCCACUUAAUACGUAGCGCUUCUGUUUUUCUGCUGCCAGAGUAUGUUCAAGUGAUACAGAUUCCUCUAUUAUUUAUUUGUUCAUCAUAUUUACUGUAUAAAGCCACCCAUCUCUCAGACAAGUGACUCUGAGUGACAUACAAUAAAGCUAAAAACAAUAUAUGCAAACAAAUAUUAACAUUAUGCUCUCUGCUAGAUUUGGUGGAAUGGGCAGAUGUAAUCCAGAGAAUGGAUGAUCCCUCAAAUAACCCUCAGAUACAUAUGAAUUGGUAUCACAUUUUUCCUAUUCCUUUUCCUCACCCUCCCAUACUCUGAUACACCGUAUCUCUGUUGAAAGACAAAGUUCCCUUUCAAAUAAUUCUAGCUCAUUUAGCUCUUGACAGAUUCAUUCACUGUCAAUGCAUUUCCCAGCAUUGCUUGACUCCCAUGACAAGGAAUUGAGCAACACGCUGAUACACUCAACUUCAAUAGUGGAGAGAUGCUACCAGGGUGGGUUUUUUUUUUCACAUCUGGAAUUUUUAUGCCCAUGGCCUCCCAACUGGACAAAAACAAUACUUACGUUCUAUUGAAAUAUAAGCAUUCAAAGCAUGACAUUCGGAGCAAGCAAAUGACAGGAAGGGAAAAAGCGUGAUUAGCAUGCUGUAGAUUGGCAUGACAUUACAGGUAGUUGCUCCGCAGCUUUGCAACCUCUGAAUAAAGCAACUCUUUCUGGGCCCUUUUAUACAUUCCUGUGGAGCAAUCAGUCCAAAUCUGGGAGUGUGCAGCUGUUGCAGAAGGCUAACCCAGGCUUAGUACUUUGUGAGAAAAGGUAUUUAAUUAUUGCUAUAAUUAUUGUGAUUGCAAAUAUUGAAAAAUUAGGGACACACCUGUAAUAUGUGAGAUUUAUGGCAGCCAUUGCACAAAACACCUCUAUCCCAAAAUUAA